GUCCCGCCCGUGCCAGGAGCUGCCCGGUACCGGCUCCGGCACCAGCCCCGGCUCCCGCUGGUCACCCCGGUGCUCCCCGGGGAGCUUUGCAGCCGUGCGGGUCGGUCGGUGGCAGCCGGGAUCGGUGGCCCCCCCCCCCCCACCUCCCGCCACUCCGGUGCAUCCCGCCCCUGUGCCAGGAGCGGUAAGGCCGGGGAGGGGUUUGCUCCGGGCUUGGAGUCGAGGAAACGUUCCCGCGGCACCGGUACCGGCACCGGCACGAUGUUCUGCCGCAACCAGCGGAGCCGGGUGACGGUGGCCCGCGGCUCGGCGCUGGAGAUGGAGAUCCGCCGCGGCCGCUGCCGGCUCAGCCUCCUGGCCGACUCCGCGCAGGACACGGAGAUCCAGCGGAAGAUGGAGCGGGAGCUGCGGCUGCGGGAGGGGGCCUGCAAGCUGCUGGCUGCCUGCAGCCGCCGGGAGCAGGCGUUGGAGGCUGCCAAGAGCCUCCUGGUCUGCAACAGCCGCGUCCUGGCGUACAUGGCCGAGCUGCAGCGCAGGAAGGAAGCGCAGGUGCUGCGGCGGACGGCCAGGCGCCCCUCGGAUGCCGGCCCCGCGGAUGAGCGUCUGCCCUGCCGGGGCACCGUCUGCGUCUCAGACCUGCGCAUCCCGCUGAUGUGGAAGGACACGGAGUACUUCAGGAACAAGGGAGAACUGCACCGCUGCGCCGUCUUCUGCCUGCUGCAGCUGGGGGCGGAGAUCCACGACACCCCCAUGGUGCUGGUGGACCGGACCCUCACCGACAUCUGCUUCGAGAGCGCCGUCCUCUUCUCAGAGGCAGGACCUGACUUUGAGCUGAAGGUGGAGCUGUACAGCGCGGGGCUGCGGGGGGGGGCGGCGCAGGGCAGCACCCCCAGGAAGCUGGCCACCCGCCUCAGCACCUCCCUGGGACGCUCUGCCGGCAAGCGGGUGCGCGCCGCCAUGGACGGGGGUCCCGGCAGCCCCCCGGGUAACGGGGCCACCAGCCCCCUCCUGCUGCCGGCCCCCAGCGUGCCGGGCCCCAAAUUCCAUCUGCUGGCACACGCCGUCCUCUCCCUGGCCGAGGUGCAGGACGGCUUCCGCACCCACGACCUCGCCAUCACCAGCAACGAGGAGAGCUCCUUCUGGCUGCCCCUCUACGGCAGCAUGUGCUGCCGCCUGGCUGCCCAGCCCCGCUGCAUGGCCGCCCCGGUGACGAGCGGCUUCCUCCGGCUGCAGCAGCCGGGGGCCGAGGCGCAGAGCGGGGCCCGUCUGUACUGCGUCCUGCGCGGCACCGACCUCCUCUGCUACCGCGGUCCCGGCGAGGCCGAGGCCGGGCUGGAGCCGGCGCUCACCAUCGCCGUCAACAAGGAGACCCGCAUCCGCGCGACGGAGCGGGAGGGCCGCGGGCAGCCCCACGGCAUGGCCGUCACCAACCGCUACGGCGGCGAGGAGGUGACCCACACGCUGCUGGCCGAGAGCCGGGCCGAGGCGCAGCGAUGGAUGGAAGCCUUCUGGCAGCACUUCUACGACAUGAGUCAGUGGAAGCAGUGCUGUGACGAGCUGAUGAGGAUCGAGGUGCCGCCGCCGCGCCGGCCGCCCGCCAUGCUGCCCCGGCAGGGCUCGCUCUACCACGAGAUGGCUAUUGAUCCGGCCGACGACAUCGAGGCGGUGACGGACAUCCUGACGCGGCGGGCGGGGGGACGGGUGCCGGGGACCCCCCCGUGGCUCUCCCUCUUCGAGGGGCCCCCCCCGCACGCCCCUCGCUCCGGCCGGGCGGGCAGCCCCAGCCCCCCUGCCCGCCGCCCCUGGGGCCGUCCCCGCACCCUCUCCCUCGACGCCAAGCUCAGCACCCUGAAGGGACGGGGGUCCCGGCAGGCAGCCCACCCCCCACGGCCCUCGCCCCCCAGCUCCGGUUCCUCCAGCAGCGGCAGCAGCAGCCCGGUCACGGACCAUAACCCCCCCACGCCCCCCAGCCCCCUCCAGUCCCAGGUCUGAGCCUGGGGACCUGCAGGACCCUGGGAGGGGGGCACAACCCCCACCCUCCAGCCCCCAGGGUGGCUGUGCAGGGGUGACACUGCAGGGGGUCGUCCUCUGGGGUGGGGGGGUCAGGGGCUCCCAGCUUCUUUUCUUGGGGAGAAACUGGAAUUUCUGCCACCCUGUGCUGGGGGGGGUGGGGGGGCCAACACCGCCAUUGCAGGGUGACCUCAGGGCUGAACCCCCCCAGAAUUGGGGGAGGGCUGUUCCCCCCCAGCAUGGGUGCUGGGGGCUGACCCCCUCCCAUUGCAGUGUGGGUGCUGGGGUCCCCUGGGCGGGGGGUGCUCAGGGCAAACCCCCAUGUACAGUGGGUGCGGGUCUAACCCUGGGGGGGGGCAUGUGCAGGGACCCCCCCCAGCUCUGCUUUCCCUCACCUCUAACCCUGGGGGCCACCCCUCCUGGGAGGGGGGGGCAGAGUCCCCUGGCAGGGACCAGCCCUGGCCCCCCCAGGCCAGGGACCCAAAGCUGCCACCUCAUUAAUAUGCAUUAAAAUUUAUUUAACA